AUGGACGGAAGCUCUGCAGUUGCUGCUUCGUAUCUAUCGACCCACGGACGUGGUGCUCACAAUUCCCAUAUAUCUGCUCACGGAGCUGAUCCCAACACUUUGUUGAAUCAAUUUGCCAGCAUGGGUCUCGGCGGCAUGAACAUGCCUGGCGGUGCUGGUCCUGUUCCCAUGGGCCCUGGUCACGCCUUCAUGAUGGGUUCUGAUGGACAGUUCGUUCUUGCACCGAUGCACAAUGUUGGUCAGCAUCUCGGUAUGGGGCACAGUGAGGCACACUACCAGGGCUUCUCGAUGCCGCCUGGUGGCUAUGCUGCACCAUAUGUGGGCGUUCCCCUUCCUCUCAUGCCUUAUACUCCUGGGCGUGCCAAUGGCGGGCACCAUCGCCUAGAACGAGGUCAAUCAGAUGUACCUGGCCUUGAAAACCGCCGCGGCUCGUACUCCACUACCGAGUCGACUCCCGCCACUCCGUUCUAUGGCGCCGUCUCGCAUCGCGACAACGGCCCACGGGUCGCGAGUCUUGACCGCUCUGCUUACACCACACCUUCACCCCAGCAAAUUGGUCUCCCUCCUUUGCAUAGUGAUGCUCCCAAGGCAACUUUCUCUGCUGUCUCGGAAGCCGCCCUCGACGAACUACUCAAGAAGGAACCUGCUAUUCCCAAGGCUGUACCUGCCGUUUUUACUCCAGCAAAUCAGAUGAAGUCUAUCGAACAGAGCCUCGACAAUAGAAUCCCAGGCAACCGCAACGUAUACAUUCGUGGCCUACACCCGACCACUGACGACGAGCUGUUGUUUCACUUUGCAUCUCGUUUUGGCGCCGUCGAAACUUCAAAAGCCAUUAUUGACACCGGCACCGGCGCUUGCAAAGGUUUUGGAUUCGCAAAGUUCUUCACCUGCGAAGAUUCCGAAAUGUGCAUUCGAGGCUUCCACAAGCUCGGAUAUGAAGUGGGAUUUGCCAGGGAAUCCUUCAACUCUCGCCUCAAGGCUGAAGGCGAUGAAGCGUCUACCAAUUUGUACAUCUCCAAUCUACCAAAGUCUCUGACCGAAGUGGAGCUUGGAACUAUCUUUCUUGGUUACACCAUUCUUUCCAGCAAGAUUCUACGAGACAGCAUGGGUAACAGUCGUGGCGUUGGUUUCGCACGCUUUGAGACACGCGACGUCUGUGACGAAAUUAUUAGAAAGUUCAACGGCGUUGGUAUUGGUGAAGAGGGUUUGUUGAUGAAUAUUCGUUAUGCCGACACACCAUCCCAGAAAGAGCUCAAGCGAGUCACCGCUGAGCGCCGUCAAUUCCGCACCAACGAAUAUAACAUUGGUGCCUAUGGUACCCCACUGGUUGGGUUGAACCCGACUCUAUACAACCAACAGUCGCAGUGGCGCCGCUCCAUUCCACUGUCUCGGAGUGGAUUGUCGGCUUCCUCGAGCGGCGACAGCAGUGCUAUGAGACACUCGGGUGCCGCACGCGGCCCUUCCGAGGCGGCUACAAGCUCAAGCGCGGACGCUGCUAUCUCUACCCCCACUACUUCCGAGUUCGAUGAGGGCACGACGAUUCACGCCGAUCCUGCCGCAGCCGCUGCUGUAAAGAAAGAGAACGUGCCAAUUUCGCCUACCAUCGUAAAGAAGGAGCCCGCUAAUUGA